AGAGCUCUACUCUGUACCGAGGGCUCUACUCUGUACCGAGGGCUCUACAUAAAAGCUCUAAGCCCCGUCACACUACUCCGGUUGGAAGAGCCGUAACCCAGCCAGUGGAGGGGUCAUCAUGACUCAGAGUCCCGUCCAUGGCUGCUCAGUCUGUGUGGCCCAGCUGACAGUCUUCCUCUCCCUUGCCCUGCUGUUGUGUCCCCUGGGGAGAGCGCUCGGCGAAGACCAGGYUUCUCCGGCCCAGGUGCUGCAGGGCCUGUUGGAGCGAUAUGGGGACAAUGCCACCAUCUCUGUCCCCCAGCUCCGCUCUUUGCUGGCACGACUCGGUGCACCUGGCCUGGGAGACAACGGCACCGCUGCAGAGGCGACAGCUCCACCGGCGCCGCCCAGAGUCAACCUGUCCAAAUGCUUACCUGGAGACACGCUGGCAGUUUACAGUAUGAACGAGCAGUCUCGUCUGGAUGGGCGUGGCCUACAGGAGCUCUGCCCCACCAUGCUUCAGCAAUUGGACUCGGGCGCCUGUGGGGUGGAGAAAAAGGAGGAGCUUAUCAUAGACCCGCCUUCCAAACCCACUGCUGCUGAGGUGUGGGGUUUCUCUAUUCUGAGUGUGACCCUGGUCAGUGCCUUCUCUCUCACCGGUGUGUUCCUGGUUCCCCUCAUGAGGACGAGUCACAUGCGCCGGGCGCUCGUCUUUUUCAUCGCCCUCUCCAUCGGAACGCUCUACUCCACCGCUGUGUUCCAGCUCUUGCCAGAGGCAUUUGGUUUUAACCCUAUGGUGGACAACUAUGUGUCUAAGUCCACGGUGGUGUUUGGAGGGUUUUACCUCUUCUUCUUCACUGAGAAGAUCCUCAAGAUGCUGCUCAAACCGAAGGAUAAGGGCCAUGACCACAGCCAUUUCCCAGCCAACGGAGACAUGGAAGAGGACGUGACAGAGAAGCUGCAGCAGAGUGGAGAGGUGGGGCUUAACCUGCCCAAGGUGGACGGAGGAGAGGGGGACCGCAUGCUCACCCCUGCACUGACCCCACCGGAYUCUCAGAGCCUGGGUGGAGGAAACAGCAGAGGAGGCUGCUAUUGGCUGAAGGGUACAGCGUACUCUGACAUCGGCACGCUGGCCUGGAUGAUCACGUUGAGCGACGGGCUCCAUAACUUCAUCGACGGCCUGGCCAUCGGAGCAUCCUUCACUGCCUCGACGUUCCAGGGCAUCAGCACCUCCGUGGCUAUACUCUGUGAGGAGUUUCCCCAUGAACUGGGAGACUUUGUGAUCUUGUUGAAUGCUGGGAUGAGCAUCCAGCAGGCUCUGUUCUUUAACUUCCUGUCUGCCUGCUGCUGCUACCUGGGCAUGUGUUUUGGCAUCCUGGCAGGAAACAGCUUCUCACCUCAAUGGAUCUUUGCCCUGGCAGGAGGCAUGUUCCUCUACAUCGCCCUGGCAGACAUGUUCCCGGAGAUGAACGAGGUGAGUCGUGAGGAAGAGGAGGCGGGGGGAAGCAGCUUCCUUGUGACCUUCAUCAUCCAGAACGCUGGCCUCCUAACCGGCUUUGCCAUCAUGCUGCUACUGACCACCUACUCUGGAGCCAUCACUAUAGACUAGCAUUAUUAUUCACACAACUACGCCCUACCGGUUUUAACCAGAUCCAGCCGCUUUCAACUGUAAUGAUUCCCUUUGGAGCUGAAUGGAAAUGCCCCUCCCUCCCCAGGCCCCAUUUUGCCCUGAAUUCUCCCUCAGGACUUUAGAGACCCGGGGCUUCGGUACUAGUGCGGCAGGAACGCACCCUAUAAGACUUAAGCAGUUCCCAAAUGCAGUAGCUACUAGUACACUGGCAGGGGAAUCGGCCUCCCUCAUCUCUCUUGGGCCUUCCCCCUCAAUACACUGGCAGGGGUAUCACCCUUCCUCAUCUCUCUUGGGCCUUCUCUGACCCCCCUAAUUUACUGGCAGGUGUACCACCCUCCCUCAUCUCUCUUGGGCCUUCUCUGACCCCCCUAAUUUACUGGCAGGUGUACCACCCUCCCUCAUCUCUCUUAGGCCUUCUCUGACCCCCCUAGUACACUGGCAGGGGUAUCACCCUUCCUCAUCUCUCUUGGGCCUUCUCUGACCCCCCUAGUACACUGGCAGGGGUACCACCCUUCCUCAUCUCUCUUGGGCCUUCUCUGACCAGCCCCCACCCUAGCCUAGAGAUCCCUUUCCCCUCUGUUCUAUGCCACCUGCAGGGACAGGAACGAGUCAUAGGCAGGGGGUAGGACCACCAUAUUAUCUCCUAUGCUGAUGACCAACAGACAUGCAAUAUCUACAAACCAUUUAUAAAAACACAGUUCAUAUAUCAACUAUAACUAGGUAUAAAUAAAGUUAUUUAAUCAAACACUUCCUUGUUCCCCAGACUACUGAGAGACCAUUUCGGCUCUACAAAGACUCUGCUGUUGUCAUGGAGAUCAUUCUGUCAUUGGUUAGUUUGGACAUGCAUGAUGAGCGUCGAGUUGGACAUUUUGAGCAACCAGGGGUGUAUUCAUUACGGAAACCGUUUGAGAACCAAACAGUAGCAAACAGAGCAAAUGGAACGAAACGGUAAGGGACCUACCAGAAUUUGUCCAAUAGAAACGAUGUGUUUKGUUUCUGUUGCAAAAURUUUUGCAACAUGUUUUGCAACAGAMUCUGCGUAAUGAUUACACCCCAGGGUCCAGUGACUUGGAAAUAGUGUAUUUAUGUUACCCAUAUGCCUCUGAGUGCCCAUGGGCCAAACUACGGUGGCCUCCGCAGCACAAUCAGGUAAUAGCAGUUGUAUUGUAGACAUCCUUGGACUUUCUCCUUUUUUUCCAUUGUCAGAGUGCAAACCCUUUUUUCAAUACAUACCAAAAAGAAAGUGUUUCAUAUAUAUAUAUAUAUAUAUAUGACACACAGAUCAACCGGAAAGUUGAGCAAGCCGGCGUGAAGAAGAACAAAUCAUUUCCCCAACAUAGGACUGAUGUGUGUCUGUGAGUAAGUAGAUGUUAUGUUUUACUUCAGGAGGAACCAGACAAAUGCAACACGUGUGAAUUUUAACAACAGAAUGAGGACAGACAGACCAUUUAUAAUGGACUCCAUUGGGACUUGUUUUUCCUCCAAAAUGUGACAAAAGUGAAGAACAAAAACCUCCUGAUUUUGUAGCUUUCUGUCCUGGUUUCCUUGGCUGACAUUCUCURCUAAGAUCUCAGCAAAUAGCUCCCUAUUAUAGUACACUUCCUAAAAUAAGGUUUUCUGUAGGUAAUAGAGUGCCGUUUUGGACAAAGCCUUUGUUUGAUGGAUGGACGGACUAUGGUGGCACCUGAAGCCACGGUCUAUUUCUCCCCAAUCAGUUCCCUCCAUCUAGCUAACCAUCUGUGCCCUUCAUAUGUUGUUGACUUGAUUUUUCUAAGACUCUUUAUCUCUAUGAAUGCAAUCCUCCAUUCCUUAUCCAUACCGUUGUCAUAUUGAGAUAACGUCUAUUGUUGUAUUAUUUGUAUGUAAUGAAUGAAUGGUUAGAAUCAAAGACCGUACGCAGAAUCGUAGUCACACUUAAAGGAGUAGUUCACUAUUUUUACAAGAUAAUGUUCGAUGGUUCCUCACCCUGAACAUAGUCAAUGGGCCAGGAGAAACUGUAAUCCAUGGUUCGGUUUUCUUUAAACAGCCACAACAAACUUCAGCUAACUUUUGCCACACCGCUGGCUUAAAAUCUAUGGAAGUGAUGGGCAGUUUUUAAAAAGUAGAAUGUCCAAAUCACCCAMAAUCAAUUCUAUAUUUUGUUUGCUGGAACUUUAAAGGGAUUUGGCCUUUAAAAAGAAAAAACAUGCUCACCAGCCCCUAUCACUUCCAUAGAUUUGUAGCUWGCGGUGGCUAAAGUUGGUAAUGGCUGUUUAAUGAAAACUGWWWUUUUUWUUUAACUAGGCMAGUCAGUAAAGAACAAAUUAUCGGGCCUCCCGAGUGGUGCAAGGCACUGCAUCGCAGCGCUAGCUGUGCCAUUAGAG